AUGCAGUUCACUCAACUCCUCCUCGCUAUCGUCCCGUUCAUCGGUGUGUCGCAAGCCAUUCUUUGCUCGUGCGAUCGCAGUACGACUGCAUCAAUUACUUGCUGUCCGGAUAUUCAGAAGUGGAGUACGCUGCGCCUGUUCCAAAACCUUAUACAUUCAAUUAACAGGUGA